GACCCCAACACCCGCUUCGCGGUGCCCGCUCAGACCGGGGCCUGGGUGGCGCUCAUAGCCCGGGGCAACUGCACCUACAAGGACAAGAUCCGCCACGCUGCAGCCCACAACGCCUCUGCGGUGGUCAUCUUUAACGUGGGCUCCACCAACACUAACGACACCAUCACCAUGCCUCACCCAGGUAAUGGAAAGAGUCCAACUCACGAGCGGCGUCUUGGUGACGCAGCGAAGAAGGCCAUCAGUAAGCUGCAGCUUCGCACCAUCAGGAAGGGCGACCAGGAGACCGAGCCCGACUUUGACAACUGCGCCGUCUGCAUCGAGGGCUAUAAGGCCAACGACGUGGUCCGCAUCCUGCCCUGCAGACAUUUGUUUCAUAAGAGCUGCGUAGAUCCGUGGCUGCUGGACCACCGCACAUGUCCCAUGUGCAAGAUGAACAUCCUGAAAGCUCUGGGCAUCGCUGUGAGUGUGAAACUGGGUUUUAUAUUUCCUAGAGGCGUGCGGCGGGUCGGGCUCCCACAGGACUACCAGGACCCUGACACCCUGAGGGACAGCCCUGUGACCACCACCACGGACACCCACACAGGUGAGCUUCAGCCAAUGGCGAGCAGCGCCUCAGUGGCAUCAUUUGUCAUCGCUGUGGAAACGGGUCUGUCAGACGAGGAAGUGUCCUUGGAGCAACCUCAGUUGGUGGACAAGUCCUGAGAGCAGUACAGCAGAACCUAACCAGAAUCGGCCCAAACCAGGCUCUAAUCAGGUUCAGAUUAGAUAAAUAACAGACCUGACUGUUAUAUUUAAAAAAAAAAAAGAAGAAGAAAAUGAUGAAAAAGAAAAAAAUAUCUGAACCAAACCUGACUGCAUUCGACUGAGCAAAACCUGAGCUAGGCCUAGGAUCUGGUUCUGGUUUUCUCUGGUUCCAAGUGGAUGCUAAAACCCAGAUCCAGCACCAGGGUUCUUCUUGGCUCUUCUACAUGGAUAUGUGAUACAAGAUUUCGCCAAACCAACUUGUCUGGACCAGACAUAUUGAAACUAAGUUAAGUGGGUCUUUUCCAGUGUGUUCACCUCAGUCCUUUCCUUGGUUCUUGCGUUAACCAGGAUUUUUCUCCAGUGCAACUCAGUCUACAGAUGUCUUGGUUAAAUCCAGUUCUGCCUCAGUCAGACUCGCAUCUUGAUAUCCUUACGAACCUUUCGUUGACCCUGACAAGCUUCCGCAGUAUAGAUCGAGUCCUUCAUUUCAAGACUUUUUUUUGUCUCCUGACUUUGAGGACUUUCAAGAAGCAGUAGGCUGUAUUUCUGUAUGCAGUCCGUGAAUAUAGAUUAAGGUUUCGUUCUGUAACUUUUCUCUGGAUCUCCUGGAAUAUUCUUCUUUACCUGGUUUUCCCGAAUAGGGAAGCACAACAGCAAAAACCAAUCAUGGUGGACUGCUCGCUUCCUCUCCAGGUUCGCGUUAUUGGAAAACUCUGUUAAAUAAGCUUAUUUUAAUUUGCCUGCCAAAAGGCCAGGCAGGGCCUGUUUCUUGAUGUGUGUGUGAGUAUCUGCGGUGGAUGAUUUACAUUUUGCAAAGGUGGACAUUUAUUUUGAAAGGACACAAGCUACUCUGAACAGUGGUUUUCUUUAGUCUGUAGUUUAUGUAAAGAGGUAGCUUUGUCCUGAAAUAAUUACUACCACAGUUUGACUGCAGUUUGAACAGCAAUUACACACAGUAUUGUUUUAUUUUAAUUCCC